CGCUGCAUUCCGCCCCACCCCUCGCAAACAUCAUCAUUACACCAGCGUACCUAAAAUCAGGAAGCGCCGACCCACGCCGUUGUUUUUUCUUUUCCUCAUUUUGUUUCCCGACACCUUUUUUUUUUUUAAACAACAGCGUCGAGACAAAAGGGAGAAAGGUGGACGUAUUUCAUGCUGACGACCACCGACUAAAAAUUGACAGCGAGACGCAGCUGUGGAUGCAGUUGAUGGUGUAACAGAAGGCCUCUGUGAGCAGCAUGGGCCAGCCUCUAGUAAAGAGAGAGUCACCGAUGGAACACAAGGCUUUAUCACCUGAAACCGAAGAGGAGACGGAUUUAGCAGCAGCAGCAGCAGCAAUAGCAGCAGCAGCAGCAGAACCUGAAACACAAGACGAAGUCUUUGCAGGAACGGGUGAGACAGAUACGAACCAGAACAAUGGCUGCAUCUCGGAGAAGCCAGCGGUGACUGACUCCACGGGCGCUGAGGGCCCCCCCUCGUCAUGGACCCCCGCCAGCACAGCUGACCCUGACGCCGCCACGCCGCGCCCCCACCUGGUCCGCCUCUUCUCCCGAGAUGCCCCGGGCCGGGAGGACAACACCUUCAAAGACCGACCCUCCGAAUCGGACGAGCUGCAGACUAUCCAGGAGCACAGCGGAGCGGCUUCAGAGUGCGGGUCGGAGAGCGCCGAACAGGACCUAGACUAG